UGCAUCUCCCACCUCUUCCCCUCCUACCAGAAACAGAGAAAAGAGUGUCGACUCUGUUAAAAAGCAAAAGCAGCCGAAAUGAGCGGAGCCACGACGGCGGCGUAUUUAGCUCGAAGAGCAGCUCAGCAAGAAAGGGUUCGGAUCCUCUACCGUCGUUCCCUCAAAGAUACCCUUAACUGGGCCGUCCAUCGCCACCUCUUCUAUCAAGAUGCCUCUGAUCUUCGCAAAAAAUUCGAAGCCAACAAGCAUGUGGAAGAUCUUGACACAAUUGACAAAAUGAUAGCUGCAGGUGAAGCAAUGUAUGAUAAGUGGAGGCAUCCUGAUCCUUAUAUUGUUCCCUGGGCUCCCGGUGGUUCCAAGUUUACUCGAAACCCUGUCCCACCAUCUGGGAUUGAGAUUGUGUAUGAUUAUGGUAAAGAAGUCAACGAUUAAACGUGAUCUUUUCUAUUCCAAGAAAUAAAGGUCUAGAGAAUCGUUGAGCGUAAUAGGGAUCAAACAACAGCAACUUUGUUCGCAUUCAUUGAAGUGAAACUAGUUGAAGCUUGAAUAACAC